GGGUAAAUGGAACGCAAUGCACGUGCGUAUUGCAUGGGAGAUUUAUCACCACCAACAGAAGCAGGCAGCAGAGGUGAAGGCGGGGGUAGGAGUAGUAGGUGGUGGUGGUGUCCCCACCAAGUCAGAGCUACUGAGGCCUCCCACACAUCUGUUCCCCCCGCGGCCCCACGAACUGCCCCCAUUUGCUGCCCCGCAUCGACCUCCACACCCGUUUGAAAGCUCAGCACAUCCUGCUGCCUCUCCGUUUGCUGGGAUUGGGUCCAGCAUGUUUGGCAGGUAUCCUCCCAAUCCAACAGUACCAUCAAUGGCUACAUUUCCUCCAACACCUCUCUACGAUCCUUGGUCCAGGUUGCAGCCUAGAACGUCGUCGCUAGCUCCCACAGCGUUGGGUGCCAGUGUAGGACCUUGGAGUCUGAAACCAGAGCCCGGGAUGACUGAAGCUGAACGGGAGAGGGAGAGGGAGAGGGAAAGAGAGAGAGAAAAGGAGAGGGAGAGGAGUAGAGAGAGGGAGAGGCAAAGGAGAGAAGAAAAGCAGAGGAGGUUGCUGGCCGCACAACAACAGCAGCAGCAGCAGCAGCAACAACAACACCACCAACAUAAUAAGGUACGAGACAGGUCACCUAUCCGAGACCCAGCGUCUGUAGUUCCCAAGGAGGAAGAGGUGUUGCUGCUGGGGCGACCCCCGCCUCACUACUUGCCCCGUCCACCCCCCCGCACCAUGCCACACCCUUCACACUUCGCCCCCUCACCCUGGGACCAUCAUCCCUUCAGAGGUUACGACCAUCUACGAUACAAUCCACUCAUGGCCGCUGCAAUACGGGAAGAAGAAGAACAGAGAGCAAAGUUGUUUGCAGGGUUUCCUCCUCCGCCUCACUUGCGUACUAAGGCUCCAUCGCCACAUCGGCCUCCUCCACCUCAUCACAGCUUAGCUCCACACCCCAUCCCACACUCACACCCGGACCACAAGAAGGAAGAAUCCUCACAGUCGCGAUAGCUCACUCGCUAGUAGCCACACGCUUAAUACUGUGGGAUCAAUCCUACUUAACAAGGCUAGUGAAGUAAACAGUUUUACAAUUGUAGUUUUUAUGCUUGAUAUCGUAGAGUUUAGGCUAGUCAAGUUUUUGUUUGUGAUAGGCUGUACUGGGGAAAGAGGGUUGGUCAUUUUUUAUCAGAAGUAAUCAUUGGUAAAGUAAAUACAAUCAUUCUGAGAUUUGAAGACUAUAAAUUUUUUCUUAUUGGUGGUGAAAUAGUACCAUACAAGUCAAAUUCAAUUUUUGGGAGGCACGAUAACAUAUGAUUUCAAUACUAUUUAAAAAAAAUGUUUUAUUUAAAUCUAGCACCUGAAUCGAUUUAGUAUUGUUUUUGGUGACUUUUUGCACAAUACUCCUGGUUGGCUGUUAAAAAUGUAAUCUGAACAAGUAAUCCAAAACUAAUUAAUUGGUUAAGUUUUAUUGUUGUUCCUCUCUGACUUUAGCAUUGCUCCGUGGUUCUUUUCUCUCAACAAAUUUACAAGUGCAAAAUUGAAUCCAGUAUGUAAUGUGCUACGAGUAAAUUAUCUUAGGAAAAUGACUUGAUUUUGUUUCAAUAGUUCCUUAGGGAUCAGUGCCAUGUGAUAGUGUUGUGUUGAUUUGUGUUCCUUACAUCUGGAUAUCCUGAACUAAAUUUAAAAAAUUCACAUUUUAUCUUGAGUUAGCAAUUAUUUAAUUUUCAUCCUAACUAACAUCUAUUAUCACUUUUAUGACUAUAUUUUGUAACAGUAUUCUUAUAUAACUUUUUACCAUUUUUGGACAUUUUUUAAUUAUUUGAUGAUUUUAUCCAUGUAAUUGACUUUUGAAUGUAAAGUGAUUUUCCUGGAUUUAUAAUAAGAUGAAAUUUUGGACUAAAGUAUAUUCAGGUUAUUGCAUUUAGAUUUAUUCCUAGUAUUUAGGCCUACUGACCUAAUGAAAUAGUUUGAUAUGUAAAACAGUGUCUUUUUAAUACCUGUUUUUUAUUUUGAGUUUUUGUGUGGUUUUUAUUUUUUUAAUAAAUGAGCAAAUUUUGUUUUGAAUCAGUUUUUUAUUGAAUGGUUAAUAUAAUUAACCAUUUAGCCUAAGGCAAAAUGAUUGUUAAACUAAAAAUAUUGUUUAUUUUUAUGGAAAAGAGGAGGGACCAUUUCUUUCACUUUUGGUUUUGUACAUUAGUUGAAGAUAAAUUUGUUAAUGUCUAUUUUGGUUUAGCAAUUUAACUGUUUUGAACGUGUGAAUUAAAUUGGUACUUUUAUAAAUGUGAGAAAGCCCCAAAUGACACUAUUUUUGUAAGGAGUUUUAUUGUUGUUUAGCACGUUGCUAAAAUAAUAAGAUCUGAUUCAUAACAUUUUGAUUGGUGCACCAUUCUCUAGUUCCAAGACUAGAUAUUUUUCAACAUUUUGCCCUGUGGAAACCUGUGAGAUUAAAAUUUUGGAGUCAGCAAUUUCAUAAGCUUUAUUCUUUGAGAUUAAGUUUUAGGUUUUAGUGCAAUAAUAUGAAAUAGCCAAUUAAAAUCAUGCAGCCAAGAUGUGUAUGAAUAAGUUUAUUUUUUACAAUGGCAUUGAGUAUUUGUUUAAAGAUUUCUUUUAUGUUAUUAUUCUUUGAUUUUAAAAAUAAAAGAACAUCUAACAAAAUUAUUUUUGUAAAAAGUUCAGUUAAAAGUAAUGUUUAUUGUUGUACAAUGUCAGUGCCAUUAGGCUACUCAUAGGCAUAGGUAAAUGUUCCACCUUAAUAAUGUUUCUUAGAUAUAUUUCAAAUACUAGUCAAAAGGUGAAUUUUAUCAAAUGUUUUCUUAUUGUGACUGCUUGGCUGCUGAUUUUUAUGUUUUGGUUUGACCAAAGCAUCAUCGCAUUUACCUCAUUGACGAGGUACCUGUUAGGUUAGGAUGAAUCUGUAAUUCAUUAUGUAGCUUUAAACUGUACAUAGUGACGAUGUGUAUAUUGUAUAUGGAGUUGUAUAGUGAUUUGUGAUCAUCCCUAUCAGUAGUAUUUAUUUAAUAUUUAUAACUGAUUUUGAAGAUAGCAAAGAUGAUCUCAGAAUUGUGAGGAAGUUUUACACUUUUGUCUUUCAUGUGUGGAGAUCCCUCGCUAUCGGCAUACAGUAUAGCUUCCGUCAGAUGUGGUAAACUCUAUAUGUGAUUUAUGUUCUCUGAUGUGGAAGACAUAAUGUAAGCCGUUAAGAUUGGGCUUAAGGGCCUAGCUGUAUGGGAUGUGCCUAAUUCUUCACACAGAGUAUUAUGUACAUAAAAUUAUAAACUGCGAUUGUAUAAAGUCUCGUUUCGAUGGUGUAUAUAAACCCGUGUGCUUUAUGUCCGUAUGUAUGUAUUUAACCUAUUAUGUGCAUUUGUAAGAAAUGAAACUUUGUACACUUAUAACUUUUAACAAAUUUUAAUAUUUUUAAUGUAGCGACGGUAUGUACAGUAGUGUAGUUCCAAUUGUAAAUGGAAAUUACAUGUUUUUUCAUUAUGAAAUAUAA